AUCAGAGAAUUUCAAACACCGUCCUUUCGUUUAAUCGAACCUCACGCAGAAACAGAACAAAUCUACAUUUCCUUUCUUCUCCAAAUGCCAAGUAAACAAUCAACUGGUUCAUUCCAUGCCCAAUUUGGUGAUGAUUCGCCGGAGAAUUUGGUCAACCAAGACCUUUCACACAGCUGCUUUAACAAUCUUCAAUGCUCAGCGGUAUGUUCGCCGUCGUCCAACUACAUUCAACAUUUCUUUUCAGUUGAAACAGAGCUGUUUCUCUUCUUUUCAAGCUCCGGAAUUCUAUUCCCUGAACAAGAGGAUGUCUUAUUUGAUUCGAACAGGUCAAAUAAUUGAAGCGAGAAAAUUGUUUGAUAGCAUUAAGCAUCGGAAUACGAUCACUUGGAAUACGAUGAUCACUGGGUAUGUGAAAAGAAGAGAGAUGACAAAAGCACGACAGUUGUUCGAUGAAAUGCCUCACAGAGACAUUGUGUCAUGGAACUUGAUGUUAUCAGGUUAUAUAUCUUGUGGUGGAAGGUACAUUGAGAGUGGACGAAACCUAUUUGAUAAAAUGCCACAAAGAGAUUGUGUUUCAUGGAACACAAUGGUUAGUGGGUAUGCCAAGAAUGGGAUGAUGGAAGAAGCAGAAGAGCUUUUCAAGUACAUGCCUGAGCGUAAUGUUGUCUCAUGGAAUGCCAUGGUUUCUGGUUAUUUAAUGAAUGGUUAUGUGGAGAAAGCUAUUGAGUUCUUCAAGAUGAUGCCCGAACGAGACUCCGCUUCUCUUAGUGCAUUGGUUUCUGGUCUGAUUCAGAAUGAGAAACUGGUUGAAGCUGAAAGGAUUUUGCUUCAAUAUGGUGGGAGUGAUGGUAGAGGGAAUUUAGUUCAUGCUUAUAACACUUUAAUUGCUGGAUAUGGUCAGAAAGGAAUGAUCCAAGAAGCCCGAAAACUGUUCGAUUGCAUCCCUAAUCGACAGGAAGACGAAAAUGGAAGCUUUGGGAAGAAUGUGGUAUCAUGGAACUCUAUGAUUAUGAGCUAUGUGAGAGCUGGUGACAUAGUCUCUGCUCGAGAACUCUUCGACAAAAUGGUCGAGCGAGAUACUUUUUCAUGGAACACUAUGAUCAGUGGCUACAUUCAGAUCUUGGAUAUGAAAGAGGCCUCGAAUCUGUUUGGUAGAAUGUCGAAUCCCGAUACCCUUUCUUGGAAUAUGAUGAUUUCGGGGUUCGCUGAGAUAGGUAAUUUGAAACUAGCUCAUGAUUUGUUCAUUAGGAUGCCAGAGAAAAGCCUUGUCUCAUGGAAUUCCAUGAUAUCUGGGUAUGAGAAAAAUGAAGAUUAUAAAGGAGCCAUUAACAUCUUUUUGCAGAUGCAAUUUGAGGGUAAGAAACCAGAUAGACAUACUUUAUCAUCAAUUAUCAGUGCUUGCGCUGGUUUGGUUGAUCUGGCUUUAGGAACUCAGAUUCAUCAGUUGAUUACAAAAGCAUUUAUUGCAGAUUUGCCUAUAAACAACUCUCUUGUUACCAUGUACUCGAGAUGUGGAGCAAUCGUCGAGGCACGAACCGUUUUCGACGAAAUGAACCUUCAGAGAGAUGUCAUUUCUUGGAACGCGAUGAUUGGCGCGUAUGCCUCUCAUGGCUUUGCAACAGAGGCUCUUCAACUUUUUGACUUGAUGAAGCAAUGUAAUGUGCAGCCUUCUUAUAUCACAUUCAUUUCUGUUCUGAAUGCUUGUGCUCAUGUUGGAUUGAUUGAGGAAGGUAGGAGGGAGUUCAACUCCAUGGUUAACGCUCACGGUAUCGAACCACGAGUUGAACACUAUGCUGUCCUUGUCGAUAUCAUCGGUCGACACGGGCAGCUUGAAGAAGCAAUGAGUUUGAUCAAUAACAUGCCUUGUAAACCAGAUAAAGCGGUGUGGGGUGCUUUACUUGGUGCUUGUAGGGUGCACAACAAUGUUGAAAUGGCUCGUGUCGCGGCUGAAGCCUUGAUGAAACUCGAACCAGAAAGCGCAGCUCCUUACGUGCUGCUAUAUAACAUGUAUGCUGAUGUGGGACGAUGGAAUGAUGCUGCUGAAGUGAGAACGAGGAUGGAGAAGAAUAAUAUUCAAAAGGAAACCGGGUAUAGUCGGGUGGAUUCGUGGACGUCGAUUCUAAACUUUUAAAAGUAUGGAGAAAUUUAUCGAUCAUAUUGUUUUAACAACGGCCUCUAAAAUCGUCUCUACAGUGUAGGUGUUUGUGAAGAAUUUGAAGAAAGAUUCAACGUGAUCGUUGUAUCGUGGACGUCCAUUCUAAACUUUUAGAAGCAUAGUUCAACCAUAGUUUUUUAUUUUUCUCGUAUC